GGAGGAGAGCGGGAGGGAGUGGUUUUGUCUGCUCCAUCAGUGAGACAAGAAGACACUAUUACACAAGGACUCCAGACUGACGCCGUUGCCUUGGAAACAAAGACAUGCAGAGAAGUUGAAGAACCUUCAUUGGAGCCGACGAGUGUGUGUGUAUUUGCGAGUGAUGGUUUAUGACUGUGAGAGUGUGUUUCUGCGUGUGGGCCUAUGAGUCUGUGUGCGCGCGUGCGUGCGGUCGUGUGUGUGCGCGCGCGCGCGAGGUGCGUUCACUCUGGAGGGCAAGCGGCCGAUUGGAGCCAUGAUGGGAAAGGACUACACGUUGGCCAUCAUCAUUGUCAACUGUGACGACAACAUUUGGAGCGACCAGAACCUGCUGCUGGACCCGGACCUUCCCUCCGGUUGGAGGACCAUCCGUGACUCCACAGGAACCUACUACUGGCACGUGCCCACCGGCGCCACCCAGUGGCAGCACCCCCGUCUCGAGGAGAAGCCGAUGCUGCCGCAGCCUGACGCGCAGGCUGCACAAGGAGCAGCGGGCUUCGGGGCGAUCCCGCCUGACGCCAGGUCUUGGAGGUUGGACGACUCCCGUCACCAUGACAACAACUCGCAGCAGUGUUUCUCGGUGCGCUCGCUGGGCUGGCUGCAGGUGGAGGAGGACGACUUGUCGCCGGGUCGCAGCAGCCUCGUGGUGGGCAAUGUGAUCCAGCAGCUGUCUGGCUGCGGCGGCGGCCCCCCCGAGCAGACGGAUGGGUCGGGGACCUUGGGGGAGGGCCGCGAGAUGAGGCUGCUGCUGAAGCGGGACACGCUAACUCUGGUGGACCCGUUAGACUGCAGCGCCUUGUACAGUCAGCCAAUCGCCAACAUCCGGGUGUGGGGGGUGGGCAGCAACAACGGCAGGGACUUUGCCUUUGUGGCGGCCGACAAGGACAGCUGCGCGCUCAAGUGUCACGUGUUCCGCUGCGACGCCCCCGCCAAGGCCAUCGCGAGCGCGCUGCAUCGUAUGUGCUCGCAGAUGAUGUCCCGGCAGACGUCGCGCUCUCUCUCGGCGGACGGCAUCUCGCCCGAGGACCUGCCCCGACAAGUGGACUUCCUGGAGGCGGGGCCUGAGCGCAUCCACAAGUUUGACGUCCACUACGUGGGCAACCUGCCCGUGUCCUGCGCCAUGGGCAUGGAGGUGUUAAACUUGGCCAUCGAGAGCAUCAUGAACUCCACCCGCCGCCACGAGUGGGAGGCGAGCGUCGUCCAGGUGACUGACAACUUGCUGUCUGUCUUCAAGCAGGAAGGGGAGGAGCCAGUGUGGGCGUGUCAGGUGCGUUUCCUCAGCUUCCUGGGCGUCGGUCACGACAGCCGCACCUUCGCGGUCAUUGCGGACGGCGGCCGCCAGCGUUUCGAAUGUCACGUCUUCUGGUGCGAGCCGGACGCCGGCCUCUUGUCCGAGGCCGUCCAGGCGGCGUGCGCGGUGCAGUAUCAGAAGUGUUUGGUGGCUCAGACGCCGCCGCCCAGGAGCCGGCUCGAGGUGAAACGCGCCAACUCCAUGGACGGCGGUGCAUCGCCCCGCAAGACAAACGGCGGCCGCGGCGUUCGCAGGGGCAUGAUGGCCUUCUUCGACACCUUCCGCAACAAGCAGGCCGCCGCCUCGUAACCCCAAAAUGGAGGACGUCCCCAUCGGGCCAGCUUGGCUUGGACUUAUGUGCGGUCGCGGAUGCUCACUGACAAAAUAAAGUUCAUGUUGCUCUGA